GCAACCAAAGCCUGCGCUGGCCUGCGCGCGCGCUUUCGUACUCGACCGUUGCUCGCCUCUCUUUGCUCGAUCCGAGUGUUUGGCUCCGCGUUCAAGUAUGAACCGACCGAACCGACCUAACGGCCCCAACCCCUGAAUCUUGGUGUCUGCGACAGAGCUUUCUGUGCGAUGUGGAACGCAGUGUGCUUCAAUUUGGGCGGCGAAACCGUCAACUUCGGGCCCCGCAACGAACUGCUGGGCGGUAGCGAACUGUACGAGGCGUGCACGCUGUUCACCAUCGGUAUCGGCGCCGGCGUCAACAGCGUCUCGCACCAGCCACCGGUUCACGCCUUCACGACGAGCGGCUACUUUGCCAUCGCAAUCGAAAAUGUCGUCAACGUCAUGCGCCACCAGACCACCGUCCUUUCCCGAACCUUCGAAUCGACCGUCGAUUGCAUCGCUCUACGCAGCGACGUCGCUUCGGGCGUCCUGUUGGCCGGUGAAAGACUCGGAAUCUUGCACGUCGUCCUUGUGGAAUCCUCAAAGGUCGUCAGCUUCCGCGUGGGAAAGACGCCAUCUGACGGUGACACGAAACUGUUUCGCUCUAUUGAGGUGCGCAAGGCAGACGAAGACGACGUCUACAACGUUUUUGUGCUUGCGGGGGACAACAUGAUUGUCGCCACUAUCAGCGACGAAAUCCUUUCUCAGCUCAAUGCCGCCACGAAAGAACCUGACCUGACGCUGUUGCAGGUGCGGGUUGUCAAUCUCGGCCAGAAGAUUUCCGCCAAAGAUACAAUGUUUCCGAGUACCGCGGCACGCUGGGUUGACGACGACCUCCUCGUGUCGAGCAGUCCAAGUGACUUGUAUUGUUUUUCGAUCGGCGAAAAGCGAAGUUACCGCCUCCUCAGCGGUCUAAGCAGAACAGGAGUCUCGAAGAUGUUUGCGGUUCAAAGCGACUGUUCUCUCCUGGUUCUAAAUGCAGAGAAGGAGCUACUGGUCCUAUGUCUCAAGACACUCAUCAUUAAACGAACCUGGAGCGAGAUGGGGAUAGACGACUUCAUGGUGUCCGAAGAUGCUGCCCUGAGCUGCGAAGCCGGAACUGACCAGGGUCUCAAGAUUGCUCUCUUGACUGCCCUGAACGAAGAUGCGCCCCGCAAGCUGAAAAUCUGCAGGUACUCGACGUUGGAGCUGCUCUAUUCCCUGGAAGUGGAAGAAUUUUGCUGGCUCGCUACAGUUGGUCACGACCAAGAAGAUUUCUGCAUCGUGGAAGGCACGGCCGAAAAAGAUUGGGGUGGCAUCGCCGAGCUCAGGGUCAGGGUUGUGUCCGAAGCCCUGCCGGAGCAGCGUCUUGCAAAGCUCAUCGGCAAGCAAAAGUUUCUGGAAGCCGAGGAGUUUGCCAGACUCUACAAACUUCCCCUCGAAGAGGUUCACUGGAAUCACUUGCUGUUUGUCUUGGAUGAACUCGGCGGUCUGCGGCAGAGCCCACUGGAUGAAACGAGCGAGCGUGCCAGGCUCGAAGAGGCUUACUCCUUAAUUCGGCAGCUUCCCGACGCCUUGAGGGUGGCGAGGUGUUGCGUCGAGACUCAGAUUGCCACGCCGAGUGCAGUCGUGGGGCUCUUUCUGUUCCUGCAAGAACACCUCUCUGCUACAGAAUGUCCUGAUUGUGCGGAGCGCGAUGCCCUCUGUGCAGAAAUCACGUCUCUUCUCAACAGGGUGACAACUUAUCGCCUCUUGCAAUCGAGCCAAACUACGGGUGGAUGGCUCUCGUUCUCCAGGGCCGAUCUACUUCAAGAGAUGAGCAGUUGCUUCAGAAAUGAGGAUGUCCCUUCGGCCUUGCUCAUCUGGGCUCGCCAUCAGGAUCAGUUUAUUGCACACCUGGACUGUGAAGCCACGCUUUUUCUUCUGAAUGCCAUUCCAAGCACAAUACGGGUGUCGGUUCUAGUAGGAUGGCUCGAGGAAAGCUUCCUGCCCUGCAUUCUACAAAAUGUGCCCGAAGCUGUGCAAGGUGUCUGUUUGUGGAUCGUCAGCAGAGCUCUUAGCAUUGAACUCAAUGAAAAAGCAGCGUGGCCCUCGGGUGCAGUGAAUCUUUUGGAAGUCGUGCCAAAUGUUUACAACCAGAUGACCAGUUGUGCGGAUAUUUUACCUCCCAAAAGCUGGCUUGCAGUGUACAGUGCCCCAAGAAUGAUCCAAAGGGAAGAAAGCGCUCUGUGUAAGCUUUACUACCUUCUUACGAAUCUUCGGGACCUAGAACUUUUGUGGACUAAGUACAAAUGUCGUGUCACUCUUCCGGAGCUUCAGAAUCCAAACAUACUAGAGGCAGUCUUCUCAAUUCUUGAUGAGGUUGUCACCAAGACUGAAGUGGAUGUGCUUCUCGAAGGGUUCCUCCUUCCCUACCUUAAGAGGAAGGAGUUGGAUGUCUCGGAGACUUUGAGUAACUACGUUGAGCGCACCUUACGUUACCAUGAGAUUCCGCUGUUACAAGAGGCACCUUGGGAAGAAAAAGUGCUGGCAGUGGCAAAAUUCGUACAUCACCCCAACCACUGGCUGAAGAUUGCUGUGAAGAUUCUCAGCCAUGCACCUGUACCCUGGAGCAAGGGCAUUGAGGAGCUUGCAGAACAAGGGUCGCUUCUCCAGGGCCAUGCCAUCGAAGAAAUCGAAACGGAGCGCAAAAGAAUGCAGGUCAACGUGAUCCUGCAACGUUAUGACAUGAAGUUUUUGAGGUGCACACAGCUCAGCGACGCUAGGGUUUUAAUUAGGAACAUCCUGCUCUCGGAGAAGCCCAUGGCUCUGGAAGAUGCUCUCACUGUUGCCAAGAGCAUGGGCAACUUGACAGAGCUUGAGGUCUGUCUGUUUCACAUGGAGCGAUUGCUUCUGAAGGGAGAUAUCGACAAGUUUGCAGAUGCCCUCCACAGUGUCCCCCCAGAUACCCUGAAAGAGCUAGGCCCAAGGAUGGCAACGUUUGGUCGAUUGCACCUAUCGCGGAACUUUGCGUCCUGUGGGGGUAAAGCUAAGGAGCUGAUGGAGUGCUGGCAAUACCUGCUAACUGUUUUAUAUACGAAGCAGGAGAUCAAGCUUGAAGAUUACAGCUCAAUGCAGAACCAGGUGUUGCAAAUCAUCACUCUGUGGCGGGAUUACGAAAUCAAGAUACCCAUUGCCAACCUUGAGUCUGCUGGUGGCAGACAUGGUGUGUUGCAAGAGUGUCUUCAGAGGCUGGAUUCUCAAAGAAGCGCUGAAGACACCCCACAGCGCACCUCUCGAAGGCUGCUACAUCUUGCAGAUGUCUUGAAGCUGAAUGUACAGUCUGCAUUAGAGGCUUUGGUCAGCAAAGCACUUGAUCUAGGUAGAGAUGACCUACUUCAAGUAUUUUGUGAUUGCUUGCUGGAAGUACCCCGCCUCCAUAGCUCUGUGUUGGAGACGUUGCAUAAGAUAUUGUGCAAAAGCAAAGACGUGUUGGGAGUGAUUUCCAAAGUUCAUGCAAUUGCCUGUCGAGUGUCCCUGACUGUCAAGGGAAGCUUGCUGACAAGAUGCACCAAGAUUCUGAUGUGGGCAGAUCUACUCAUGCAGAUUCUAGAUGCAUGUGAUGCCACAAAUGUGUCGCCACUGAGACUUGCUGACCCCUACCUAAGUUGGAAACAGAGACGAAUGUAUGAAAGGCAAGGUGUUGUCCUUGAGAGAGAAAAGAUUGGCUCUAACAUCAACAGCCUGGGGGAAGCUAUGUGGCACCUUCUCUUGGAGCAUAAAAUUGAGCUACUCGAUAUUGUCAAGCAAAAGCUCAAGUUGCUCUGCAACCAUUUCUGCUCGAGAUCACAAGACGAACUGUGCAUCUCCUUGCUGGUCACAGUUGAGCAUGCUUUUCAUGAUAGCCUGCACAGUGCCACCAUAUAUGAAGUAAUCAGAGGUAUGAACACACAGGCUGAUAGUGCCCUUUUCAGUAUGCUUGCACGAGCUGUGGCACAAAAACAUCUGGAUGUGCUUUUUGUGAAAAGCCUGCUCUUUAGCCUUGGCAGCAAACAAGCUAUGGCAACGUCACUGGAAACCCUGUUUUCUCUGUGCAAUGGCAGCUUUCGGCUCUUAAAAGAGCUUGCUAUGGUUUGCUGUUGGAUGUCACAUGGUCCACUGCAGCAAAAGUUCAAGGCCACAUUGAAGGGAGCCUACUGGGGUCAUCGACUGACGAGGUCAUCCAUUUGCUUUGCAGAGGCAAUGAAAGGAGAUCGCACUGCACUAGAAAGUGUUCUCAGCUCAAUGAUAACAUGCCUCUCAGUUGACACAGAGGACAUUGUAAAUUAUUGCAGGUCAUUUUCCCUGAACAGCGAGACUGCUCUUGCAGGUAGACUUGAGUUCUUACUUUGCACUCAAGCUGAAGAGGACUUCCUUCAGGACCACCCUUUGUCCAAAACCCUGACUGAUGCAGCAAUUGUGCUAGAAGCUCUUCCGAAGGCAUCUGCACUGAAGGCAGUGAAGAAAGCACUUGCCAAAGUGAACAGCUACUGCUAUGAAGUCCUUCAGUUUGGCUAUGACUACCUUGACGGCUGCCGAAAUCGGGAGGAACCUACAAGCAGUGUUCAGCGGGAACUUUAUGUACUCCAGUUUCUGGCAUCUUACAGAAGACAUGGGUCGCCAUCUGAGCAUGAGAUGGAUGUAUGGUAUGAUGAACACCCAUUGGUUGACUUGCCCGCUGUCUCCCGAACACGACUACCAUUCCAUCUGCUUCUGCAACCAUCUUCUUGGAAGUUCAUCAACAACGAAAUUCACCCUGACACAGCUGGUGCUUGGAUGGAUGUUGCUGACAUUCUUAGGCUAGACAAGGACGACAUUCUGUUUAUGGCUGUGGAAAACGCUGUUGUGCUAUGGAGCUGCCAGAAGCACGGUGGCAGUAUAUUGGAUGUGAACUUCCUUGUCAGCAUCAAGUCUCUUCUAGACCAAAUGUCAAGCCUGGACAAAUUUCUUGCAUGCCUGGGAAUGAUGUUGAAGAAGCUGGCCAAGGGCCCCACUGCGGUGAGGGCUGCCAAGACCUGUGCUGACCUGCCUCUAAGCCGCCUUGGCCAGAACUCUAAAGAAGCAAAGGACAGGAAAGCCAAAUUUACGAGGCUAUACAUGCAGCUCCGAAAUGAGCAGAUCCUGAAACACCACGGGAUUGAUACCUCUCCGUACCUUGGCCUCUGUUCAAAGACCGAACAGCUGCUGGAAAAGCUUCUGGAGUGCAACGCAUGGCACAGCCUGUUUGCAGACACCUCACACAUCUACAGCUGCCUCAGCCAAAUAGCAGAAAGCUAUGCCCCUGGUUCCUUGAUGUUUCCUACUAUUGUAGAGCGGAAGAUUGAGAAGUGGCUCCAACGCUGUGCUCCCGAGAGUCCUCUUGACCAGACAUUCCAAACUUUGACUUUUGAGACCUCUUCAAGGAAUGAUCGGGAGGACAGUGCUGAUCUCAUUGCCUUCAUUCACCUGAUCCAGUACAUCCCACAACGACUCGAAGACUUGCUGAAUAAGAUUCUUUCAGCGGGGAACAACCCUUUAGGUCUGCAGAGGCAAGUGCUGGCACGCAAAUGCCUUCUGGCCGGCUUUGGAGACUCGACAGACAGAUGCACGGCAAUAAGUAUCGGUGAGCUCAGGAUGAACUCGUACAGAGCCAUGCUGCAGAGGCUUGGUGUCCCUCUUGACAUACAAGAACUCAACCAGCAGAGUGCUACAGAACUGGCGACCAGUCUCCUCGGUGCGGACUGUCGCAGUCAAGAAAUUCUGCGAGUCGUCUCUGCGCUCUGCAUCGAGUUCAAUAUCCAGCUACCUUCCAUCUGGGAUGCACUCUUGUCAAGUGCGACUAAGCUCAAUGCGGUAGAAGUACUCUGUCGGGCUCUUCCUACUGCUGGGCGCUUUCCCCUGCUCUGGCAGAGUUCAGAGUUUAUGUCUGCGUGGAGGUGUGUCCUUCUGGCACCGUCUCACCUAUAUGAGGUUUCCGGUAAGAAAAACAAGCUUCUGCAAGCAUCCCUGGCCCUCCGCUGCCCCAGCGUUCAUCGUCUACCGUUCACAUUGAUGGUUGAUGACUGCAGAGAUGAGGGGGGCAUUGUGCUCUUUGUGGUAUACACGCUGUUGAGAGGCCUUGGGGACGUUACCCAACAGGUGGACGAGCUCUUUGGCUCCCUUCCAACAGAGGCGUUUACAAUACUUCAGGCCCACAAGGACCAUUUUUUUAUGAACCUGUUGCAUAUUGGGAAGGUUUUGGAGAAGUAAUGUGGUUCAGUUGUCUUGCCUUGCAGCACACUCGUGCUGCCUUUUGACACUAUUUACAUAUUGUUUGUAAUGCACAAAUAAUUUAUAAUACUUUGUCAAUAAAUAAAAUGUUCAACUGCAA